UUCCCCCACCGCCGUAAACUGGGAGGAGAAGUCGUGCUGCCGCCUCUGUGUCGUAAAGCAGAACGUGCGCUGUCGCAGGAAGGUUAAAGUGAAGCCAACAAAACAAGCAUCAUGCCGUUCGUGGACUUGCAGUCGCGGCUCGGCAUCAACAUGGACCGCUGGCUGCUGCAGCAGAGCGGAGAGCAGCCGCACAAACGAGCGUCUCGCUGCCACGCCUUCGAGAAGGAGUGGAUUGAAUGUGCCCACGGCAUCGGGCAGACCCGCGCUAAGAAGGAGUGCAAGCUGGAGUUUGAGGACUUCUAUGAGUGCAUGCACAGGCAGAAGACGCACCAAAGGCUGCAUAUGAUCCGUCAGCAGCGGGACAAGAUGGUGAAGGAGGGAACCUACACGCCACCACCCUGCCACACAGGCAAGACCGACCCAUCGCUGUGACGGAACUCAACUCGCCACAACUCUGUUCUUGUGUAUAGUAAACCAGAUAUCACUAUUUCCCGUUCUCCUUUACAAGUUUUCAAAUAAAUGUUAUCGUCCCCUCUUA